GUUAUUGUCAACUCGUAAAAAACAAAUCGCUAAAGGCGCGCGCUUGAUAGUUUAUAAAUUUUAAUUUUCGCACUUCUUUACGUUUUACAAAUUCUAUCAAGUAUCAAUAAAAUACUCGUGUUAACCAUAUUUUACUCAUAAAAUGAAUGAAGACAUAAAUGUAACGUUCAUAAUCUCCACUGCGUUUAAAGAAAAUGGCUGUACUGAGGAGAUGCAGGUUGCAUAUAAUGCAUGUGAACAAUAUCGUGAAGCAGGAUUAAAACCUCAAUGGGUCCAUGAGGCAAAGUGGAACAAAUUCGAAGGGCUGACCAAGAAAGAUGUAUUUGUAUUGGAAGAAUUUGAAGGAGAGCUCUUUGAAAGACUGAGAAAUACAAAAUGCAUACUAGUCGGGCCCAGAUGUGUGUCGUGCUGUCUAAUGGAUGGAUGGGCAAUACCUCCUGGACCUGAGCCAGUAUUUACAAUUGGUAUGAAAGGUCUUGUGGUCACUGCAAGCGGAUUGUCAAAGCAACAGAAGGAGUACAUAAAACAGAAAGUGCAAUGGAUGGGAGGACACUACAUUACAGUUCUAGCUGAAGACACAACACAUCUGAUCUCUGACACUGUACUCUCUGAGAAGUAUAUUAAAGCAGUGGAAAUAGGUAUUCCGGUGAUGGCCGAGACGUGGGUCGAUGAUGUGUGGGAGACGUCGUUGCGACUCAACGUCAACGGAGCAUCAUCUGACUUUAACAAACACAAAUUAGCGGCAUUCGCUAAUCUGCAGGUGACUACAUCAGGUUUAUCGAAGAAGGAAAAGCUUAAAGUGAUGAAGCUAAUAAACGAGAACGGUGGAACAUUCAUGGGGGCAUUUCAGAGUGAAGUUACUGACAUAGUUGUAUUGACGAAAGAUGGAGUGGGCAGUGACAAGUACAAAGCUGCGUUGGAGUAUGGCAAGGCGUGCGUGCUGCCCUCCUGGGUGGUGGACUCGGCCGAGAGGGGCGUGGCCCUCCCGCUGGCGAAGUACCGAGUGGCCGGCGCCUCCACCUCCUCGCCCCUCGCAGAGCACCGCGUGCCGGAUAUGAGUCUGAACUUUUCACGGAUAACGAACAUCCGGCCUAUGAACAACUUUGUGGACGAAAGUAGAGCUGCUGAUGUUUCCACGGUACCUGGCAGAAUGAAGUUAUCGCAAGAAAGCAAAAAAUCGCUUGAAACUUCAAUGGACAAGGAGAUGCUUGCGGAGUUUGAAAAUUUCGACAUGAGCUUAAUAAAAAAAGCUGGAUCCAUAUUUGAUGGAUUUUGUAUAUGGAUAACAGGGUUGGAGGGCGUGUGCCGCGAGCGCGCGGCGGCGUGCGUGUCGCGCUGCGGCGGCGUGCGCUACGACUGCCCGCACGCGCGCGUCACGCACGCGCUGGCGGGCUCGGCGGCGGCGGCGCGCGCGGCGCUGGCGGCGCUGCCCGCCGUUCCCGUGCUCAGCCCGCUGUGGGCGCUGCGCAGCGUGCGCGCGGGCCGCCCGCUGGACGAGGCCGAGUACAUAAUCGAGGACAAAGUCAGCACGCCUGUAAAAUCGAGCGCUCGGAAGGCGAGAAUCGAACCGGCGUCCCCCAUGAGCAAGCGGAACCUACAGCUGCUGCGGCACGGGCCCCUGGACCUGCCGCCUCCUACAGUAGAGGUGGAAGAGCCUGAACAGCAAGAUGAAAUCGUCAAUCACUAUUUGAGCCAAAGAGUUCCUGAACCAGAAGAGAAGACUCCCGAAGCUGUGGUACCACCGGAGCCUGUAGAACAACCAGAUAUCACUGAGGACAUUGUUGAUGAGCCCACUGAAGAGAUCGAGCAGAUAUUUAGGGGAAUCAAAAUCGAAGUGCGCGGACUAGACGAGGAGUCUAUAUGCGAGAUCGGCGCGGAGGUGGCGGCGGCGGGCGGGCUGCUGGUGGCGGCGCACGCGCGCGGAGACUACGCGCUCGUGCCGGUCGACUUUGACGCCACCGACGACAUCGAGCACGUCACCGUGUUCUGGAUAAAUGACUGUCUCUCCCAGCAAGAGCUGCUGCCGGUGCAGUACUACCACCGGCCGGUGAGCGUGCCGCCGUUGUGCGGCGCCGGGCCGCUGGCCGGCGUGGUGGCGAGCCUCAGCACCUACAGCGGCUCCGAGCGCGCCUUCCUCGACGCCUUGGCCAAGUUGUUGGGCGCUGUAACGCAACUUCGCUUCUGCCGGCGCACCACAGCGAACGUAUUGGCGUCGACGCACCUGAUUUGCCCCACCCCCACUGGGGACAAGUACCAGGGUGCGCUGAAGUGGUGUCUGCCCGCUGUCACCGCCCAGUGGCUGCUGGAGUGCGCCAGGACUGGCACCAGGGUCAGCGAGCAGGAGUACCUCGUCGGGGAUACUAAAGCACCAGUUCUUCCCGAGCCAGAAGAACCUCCGAAAGAGCAAGCAGCGGAACAACCAAACAAACAGACAACAGUCGAAGAAGAGCCGAACCAAGAUGCAGGAUGUAGAGACAAAGACACCGUCAUGCUGCCGCCCAAAGCUACCAACAUACCGCGUAGAGGAUCGGCGCCGAGUAGAGAACAGACGCCUAAAGGAAAACUUGCUAACGAUGGGGACAUGUCUCCCGCGUCGCGGUACAUAGCGAUGGCUCGCCAGGGCCUGUUUAGUGGCGACUCGCAGGAGACGCCCAAGCGGCUGCAAGAGCUGAAGGACGACGCCAAACAUGGCGAGUAUUGUGUAACUUUGUUGACAACGUCGCGGUACAUAGCGAUGGCUCGCCAGGGCCUGUUUAGUGGCGACUCGCAGGAGACGCCCAAGCGGCUGCAAGAGCUGAAGGACGACGCCAAACAUGGCGAGACGGCGUUCAGAACACCGCCUCUAGACGACGCACUGUCCACUCCGAACCUGAUGCAGCUCAGUCCCACCACGCGACGGCGUCUGCAGGCCAUCAAACGCGGGGAGAUACCCUCCGACACGCUGCGGACACCCGUGGAUCCAUUUGCCAAGAAUACUGAAACGCCGGACAGCGCUUUCGGAGCGAUGCUGAGGCCCGACGCGGGGCGGCUGUCGCCGAAGUCGAGGAAGGCGCUGUGGGAGGUCGUCCAAGACCUGCCGUCCAAACAACACACGCCCGCAGAAGAGAAACACGUUGCUACUCCGCUGUCGGAGAUCCGCAACCGUUUCCUGGCGCAGUUCCAUUCGAACGCGCCGACGCCGCCCUCCGACCAUCACGCGCUCCCGAGGAAACUACAUCUAGGAGAAGAUGCUGAAACUCCUCCAUCGAAAAUGGCCAAGUUUAACCAAGAACAAAGCGCGGGCAGCUUAAACGCGUCAAGCGCUAACGAUAGCGCAAAAAGCGCUUCAAGCGCUUCAAGCGCUAGCGGCUCGUUGCCGGCGGCGGUGGACGACCAGCUGCAGAAGCUGAGCGCAGCGCUGACGGGCCGACCUAGCUUGCAGCGGAAACGACCGAGAGACUCGACUCCUGUCAAUCUAGGGCCCGAGAUCGAGGCUGGGCCUGAAUCCCAACCAAACACAGUGGGUUGGGACGACACCACACCGUCCAGACAACAAGUCAAGAAGUUCAUGCUCUCUUGCAAUGUUGAUAACCACCAAGAGAUAGCAGAGAUGAUUCAGUUCCUAGGGGGGGAGGUGUCAGAGGGGGAUAGACUGGACCUGGAGGCUACCCACCUGCUGUGCACGGCGCCAGGGAGGAGUGAGAAGAUGCUGGGCUCGGUGGCGGCGGGGAAGUGGGUUCUGCACCCCGCGUAUGUAGCCAGGAGUAGAGCGGCUGGCAAGUUCUUACCGGAAGAAGAGUACGAAUGGGGCAACCCGCUCGCAACCAGUCUCCCUUCUCUGAGUGGCGCCGAGAAUACUCUCGGCAAAGCGGCGCACCGCUGGCGGUCGGCGCGCGCGGCCGGCAACCCGGGCCCGUUCGAGGGCACCACAGCAUUGCUGCACGUGCCAGCGGCCAGGAAGCGGUUGCUGGCCAGGUUGCUGGAAGCUGGGGGAGGUUCUUCCGUGGACGAUGAGCCACCUUACAAAGACGACAGCAUAACAGUUUGCUUCGCUGACAUAAAACGCUACCCUUUAUCGGAGCGCGACUCCGCGUGGCUUGUGUCCAAGCGCAUACCAGUCUGUCAGCCAGUGCUGCUCAGCUCGUAUCUCACUGACGAAGUACCGCCGAACCCCGUCGAACACUGUCUACCCGAAUAUAAACCUAAAUGACAUGUCAAUAAAGUUUAUUUUGCCUUACUGUAAUAAAACAUGCUACCCUCAGUUAGAAUGCGACUAUGAAUGGCUUGUCUCUAAGCACAUACCAGUCUGUCAGCCAGUGCUGCUUAGCUCGUAUCUCACUGACGAAGUACCUCCGAAUCCAUCGAACACUGUCUACCCGAAUAUAAACCUUAAUGACAUGUUAAUAAAGUUUAUUUUGCCUUACUGUAAUAAAACAUGCUACCCUCAGUUAGAAUGCGACUAUGCAUAGCUUGUGUCUGAGCACAUACUAUUCUGUCAGCCAGUGCUGCUCAGCUCGUAUCUCACUGACGAAGUACCGCCGAACCCCAUCGAACACUGUCUACCCGAAUAUAAACCUAAAUGACACGUCAAUAGAGUUAAUUUUAGCUUUGUACUGUAAUAAAGUUAUGUUAUUUGUGUUUCUACGGAUUGUAUCCGAAACAUUAUUUUAAAUGGCAUUGUUAUUAAUUAUUAUUAUAAUUAGUUAUUAAUAAUUAUUAUAUUAUUUGUUUCGUAUCAAUGUCCGGAAUCCAUCUUGAGAGAAGCACUCAUCUUUCCUUGCCGGAUGUCAGCUAAAAUCACCUCUCCGAUGGUGGCGCCCCCUUGCCGCAACCUAAUACCUAUGUACAAGUGACCGUAGCGAGCCGAGUGAAUGUUCGCCAUUAAGCGUCGUUUUUUCACGCCGUUCACAUGUCAGCCAUUGUGAUCACGGAAAAAAAACAAUUUAUACCUACAUAUUAGGUGCACAUUUUAUAUUUUCUGUGUGAAUAAACCUCUCCGAAAAUGGAGAACGUAAGUGAUUUUGUUAAAAGUGAAAUUAAAACGUGCACGUUCUCCAUCGUCGAGUUCCAGCGGCAGCGGUGGCAGUGAUCCUACGAGAAGUAAAGAGCAGAGCAUGUAAGGCUUUGCAAACCGUGAGUUACGUACAGUUUAAAUUUUAUUACAACACGUCACAUUUUCAACAAAUCCUAUGAAUAGAAAUAGUGAAAAUACGUGUACAAUUACAGACUAAGCGACGGUAGUAACGAUUGAUCUUGGCUGCAAAUUAGUACGAAAUUGUUGCAACUUUAUAGGAAUCUAUUUACUAAAGCGAGUCAUAAACCUCAUGAAUUUAUUCAAACAUCGUUUUAAAUACGAGUAUUGAUAAACUAUAUAUUGUUGAUUUUCCCUUUGUUACGACUUUUCUUCACUUAAAGGAAAAAUGUGGGUACCCACAUUUUAUCAUUCACACCCGGAGUUAGUAUGAAAGAAAACGUUUAAAGGUACAUAAUUAUGAAAGAAUUGCAUUCAAAUAUACUGGAAUGUUCUUUCGCAGCUUUGUAAAACUUUUUAAGUUGCCAAAUAGUUGUUUUACAAGAAAGCGUGACAAAUAUUAGUAGACUUUAGACUUAUUACUCCGAAAGGUCAUCUAUACAUACAAGUACAAAACAAUGGUAGGUGAAAUGAUUUUAUCAAUUUAUUUUUACGUGAAAUGAAAAUUUUAAAUAUGAUGUUUUGUAUAAAAUUCCUCCCAAGUGCAAAGCGAUUUCAAAACAAGGGGGGGGGGGGGGGGGUGGUCAACAUCUAUUAUACUUACCGAUAAUUCAAGCUAACGUAACGAAAACAUUACAUUACAUUUUAAGACGGAUGUUUGAAUUGAGUUUUGAAAUAUGUGGACCAUCAGACAUUUUAAAUGGUGUUCAUAUCUUCAGACCAUAUCGUAUACCUAUUUCAGUUUUAGUUUCUACUCAUGCAGCAUUUCAGAAAUAAAACGUACACUGCGUAUGUAAACUCAAUACCUAUUAACUUUUGCUACACAGGUAUACGUAAUGUUUAUUUUAGAACUGGCACAACACAGCUUUGUCCAUUUUGGUUUUGGUACCAAGACUGAACCAAACAUUCCGACCAAUCCUAAACUUGACUUAACUGAACGCAACUGAUGGAAAGAGAAAAACCGCUUUCGCCUAUGCAACCAAUUUUGCACCGCAUAUAUCUAAGGCUCGAUUAGCACUGAAGUUUAAACAAACAGCAGCUACUUCAGCUGGCCUAAUUGACAUUCGGUCUAUAAGCACCUAAAAACCUUUGAAAUAACAACGAAUUGGGUUGCACGAUUCCAAGAAAUCGAGGAACAAGUGUACCUUUUCUAGAAUACAGCCUUUAGACUGUAAGUCGGUCCUGGUACUGACACAAAACCUCGGGAUUGUCGGCAUAACUUGGAUACAAGCAAUGUAAAGUCUUUGUAGGAGUCGUAUGUGCUUAACGCUAUGCAAGACACUUGAGCGACAUCUUCUUAAACGUAAGAGGUAAAGCAAUGCUAAUCUCAUAUGGACUGGACUGACCCUUUCACAAUAAGGACUGUAAACAUUAGAAUGGAUAACCAACUCCGAGAAGUCUGUGCUGACUCCGAUACUUUGCCUCAAGUUUCUUGGCAAACUGGGACGCAAGACGCAACGCAAAGUCCCCUUAUCGGAGUCGAAGUGCUUAACGCUACGCAACAGCGUAUGUGCUUAACGCUAUGCAAGACACUUGAGCGACAUCUUCUUAAACGUAAGAGGUAAAGCAAUGCUAAUCUCAUAUGGACUGGACUGACCCUUUCACAAUAAGGACUGUAAACAUUAGAAUGGAUAACCAACUCCGAGAAGUCUGUGCUGACUCCGAUACUUUGCCUCAAGUUUCUUGGCAAACUGGGACGCAAGACGCAACGCAAAGUCCCCUUGUCGGAGUCGAAGUGCUUAACGCUACGCAACAGCGCUUCAGCAACAGCUUCUUAGUCGUAGGUGGUCUCUCUGACAAAUAUCAAUCUCUUAAAGAGAGGCUGACCUUUGCGACCUGUGUGUAUUGGGCCACAGUCCUUCAAGCAGCUAAGUCAACAGGUUACGUUUACAACACGCCUGUUGCACUGCCUAGGACGGAUAAGCAGGCUACACAGUUGGACAAUGCAAUACUACAACCGACUGCUGCCGAUAAGUCAACAUAGGUGGAGCAGGGCGACUAUUCCUAUACCGUUGUGCCCAGAUAUAGAUUAAUAGGUCAAGAAUACCUAUAGAACACAUGGCAAAACACCUAUUGGCCAUGCCAACACACACUCAUAUUGGCUUUCAGAUGUGGAUUGAAAACGCAAUUCAAUGACAUGAAAUUCACGAUGUCUUGGACGAAUGACUCGCAUGGUACGCACACCACAAGAAAAUGUACUGCGAUAUUUUAUCAACAUUGUCGAUUGCAAAGUGCUUAGAUGCUUCUUCAGAUCUAUAAUCGAUACGUGGAUUGCUUAUAUAAACAGAACAGAGUUAUCUAGCAGUCACAUCAGGUCCUAACAAAAUUAGACAAAUAAAAUAUUUAUAUAAUAGCUCAAUAUUUCCUGGACGGGUUUAAUACAGAGUUGUCCUCUCGAGUCAGCAAACUUAGUCAGAAUGAUUUUUCUUUUUGACGUGCGACAGCUAUAUUAUUUCAAGUGUGAGACACGCCCAAAACAAGCGUCUUGUGUAGGAACUACUCAUGCUGAAUAGCCUUUCGA